CUCGCGAUGGAUAAAUACAUAAGUGUGAAGGAUUUGGAAGAUGCUGCUUCGGAAUCACUGCCAAAGGCAGUACGAGAAUAUUACAAGAGCGGUGCAACUGAGGAGUACACUUUAGCGGAAAAUAGACGAGCAUUUCAAAGAUUAAGAAUUCGACCAAAAUGCUUGGUCGGUUUGAAAAACUGCGAUUUAUCUACUACAGUGCUAGGCGAAAAAGUGACAAUGCCGUUGGGCAUAUCGCCUACCGCUAUGCAAAGAAUGGCCCAUCCUGAUGGGGAGACUGCCAACGUUAAAGCUGCAGGAGCCGAAGGUAUCAUUUAUACUCUGAGCAUAAUCGCUACCAGUUCCAUAGAAGAAGUGGCUGAAGCAGCACCGAAUGCUCUGAAAUGGUUUCAAUUUUACAUCUACUACGAUAGAGAGGUGACAAGAAAAUUAUUACUGAGGGCUGAACAGGCUGGGUACAAAGCGCUUGUCCUGACCGUGGAUACACCUGCUUUUGGUAUACGAAGGGCAGAUAUACGCAACAAAUUCGCUCUACCGAGACAUUUGAGAUUGGCUAAUUUUGAUGAUUUAUCGAAAAUAAAAGGCAGUGGACUAAGCAAAUACAUGACGAAUACAUUCGACAAAUCAAUAACUUGGGAUGACAUCAAGUGGUUAAAGAGUGUUACUAAACUUCCAAUUGUGGCGAAGGGAAUUUUACGAGGUGAUGACGCAGUGAAAGCUGUGGAGGCUGGUUGUUCCGGCAUUCUUGUCUCGAAUCAUGGCGCAAGGCAGCUAGACGGUGUCCCCUCUACGAUUGAAGCUCUUCCUGAAAUAGUGGAGGCUGUCAAAAAUUACGAUGUUGAGGUGUACUUGGAUGGAGGCGUGACCACAGGCACUGAUGUGUACAAAGCUUUGGUAUUAGGAGCAAAGAUGGUAUUCGUUGGCCGUCCAGCUUUAUGGGGUUUAGCCGUGGGUGGUCAAGAUGGUGUACAACGAAUGCUGAGCAUAUUCCGUAACGAGUUGGAAUAUACAUUCCAAAUAGCGGGUACUCCCACUGUUGCUGAUAUAACAAAAGAUAUGGUGCGCCAUGAAUCUGCUUACAGUAGGUUGUGAUAUGUAUAGCGCAUGUAA